AUGGUCCUGUUACUGGCUUUAGUUGUUAUUCUCUCGGGAGAACCAGCUCUGUGUCUGCAGGAAGAAGGAGCUUUCACUUUGGAUGGAGACAUCCGCCAGUUCGCCGUGACCACCGACACGGUUUACAUCGCCACAGAGGAGACGCUGUACCAGCUGAGCCACAGCCUGACACUGGUCCAGAGUCUGAGCCUGAGGGGGAUUUUAAAGGAGGGGAAAAGCGUGGAGGACGCGCAGUUUCACCGCGUUUCUGAGACGACUGAGCGGAACGCAACGUUUAAUGUCCACCGAGAGGAUCCAGGUGGGACCAUUAACCAUUGCAGGAACCAUGCAGUGUUGUCAGGUUACAACCUCAGUGAUGUGACCAGAGUGAGGCUUCAGAGAGACACGGCCUGUGCUGCACAAGAGUCUCCUGUGUGGAACAACACUGGUGUGAAUCUGACGUUCCACAUUCCAAGUACAGAUUAUAAAGGUGUGGUCAGUGUGUGUGUCGUUCUGCCAGAUGGCAGUUGCCAUGGCAACUACGGCAUCUCCUACCAGUCAUCACCGACCUGUAUCAGAACUGAACCAAACAGCGCCUGGUUCAGUGGUAAGAGAACUAUCACACUCAUCGGCUCCCACCGAGAGUUUGUGGAAGGGGUCAUUCACAGCCACAACCCACAAGACGUCACACUACCCAGAAGCAGCAAAUCUGGGAAUCUAACCUUUGAAACAAAUGCAGCAAAAAGCACCCAGCAAUCCCUUUUCAGCUCUGUGUCUCUGAAAGUAGCCAAUGAGACCUUGGUUUGUUCCACAAGCUUCAAAUACCACCCAGACCCUGAGUUCAUCACCUUUAAAUCCCUCACAACAAUGGGCUACGUGCUCAUCAUCGUAGAGAAGAAGAAGGAUGAGCUGGAGGUGACGACAGCAGAGUUGUCAGUGUGGGGCGUUCACGGUGGAAAACAGCACCCCUGCGUCAUGACUGGCAAAGAAACCAGUAACAAGAUGGAGUUUUUCCACUGUCACAUUAAGAACAUCCCUGAUGCUACAUUUCAGGAGUUGAUGAUACAUUAUGGAGACAGGACAGUGAGACUAGGGCCUCCAUCUUUAUUACACCAGGUCCUACUGAUACUGCGUGUACUGCUGAUACCGUGUGUGUUCAUAGGUGAGUAUCCUGGACUAAUACAGUGAUUU